AUGCCUUACAACUGCUGCCUGCCCAGCAUCAGCUGCCGUACCAGCUGCUCCUCCAGGCCCUGCCUGCCUCCCAGCUGCCAUGGCUGCACCCUCCCAGGGGCCUGCAACAUCCCUGCCAAUGUGGGCACCUGUGGAUGGUUCUGUGAAGGCUCCUUCAAUGGCAAUGAGAAGGAGACCAUGCAGUUCCUGAAUGACCGCCUGGCCAACUACCUGGAGAAGGUGCGGCAGCUGGAGAGAGAGAAUGCUGAGCUGGAGUGUAGGAUCCAGGAGUGGUGCCAACAGCAGGUCCCCUACGUGUGUCCAGACUACCAGUCCUACUUCAGGACCAUUGAGGAGCUCCAGCAGAAGAUAUUGUGCACCAAGUCUGAGAAUGCCAGGUUGGUGGUACAAAUCGACAAUGCCAAGUUGGCUGCUGAUGACUUCAGGACCAAGUACGAGACUGAGCUGUCCCUGCGCCAGCUGGUAGAGGCUGACAUCAACAGCCUGCGCAGGAUUCUGGAUAAUCUGACCCUGUGCAAGUCUGACCUGGAGGCCCAAGUGGAGUCCCUUAAGGAGGAGCUGCUCUGUCUCAAGCAGAAUCAUGAACAGGAAGUCAACACCCUGAGAUGCCAGAUUGGGGAGCGUCUCAACGUGGAGGUGGAUGCUGCGCCAACUGUGGACCUGAACAGGAUCCUGAAUGAGACUCGGGCUGAAUAUGAGGCCCUACUAGAGAACAACCGCAGAGAUGCGGAGGAAUGGUUCACCACUCAGACAGAAGAACUGAACAAGCAGGUGGUGUCCAGUUCUGAACAGCUACAGAACUUCCAGGCUGAGAUCAUUGAGCUGAGACGUACUGUCAAUGCUUUGGAGAUAGAACUGCAGGCUCAGCACAACCUGAGAGAUUCUCUUGAAAACACUUUGACAGAGACAGAAGCCCGUUACAGUUCUCAGCUAUCUCAGUUACAAUGUAUGAUCACCAGUGUGGAAUCCCAGUUGGCUGAGAUCCGCGGUGACCUUGAGAGGCAGAACCAAGAGUACCAGGUCCUUUUGGAUGUCAGAGCCCGACUUGAAUGUGAGAUUGCCACAUACCAGGGUCUGUUGGAGAGUGAGGACUGCAAACUUCCCUGCAACCCUUGUGCAACAACCAAUGCCUGUGGCAAGCCCAUUGGCCCCUGCCCAGUCAGCAAUCCUUGUGUCCCAUGUGCCCCCUGUGGACCUUGUGCCCCUCGCUCAAGAUGUGGUCCCUGCAACUCUUUCGUGCGCUAA